GACAAGUACACGUUCCCACUGGUACUACUAGUACUACAUCACCCUUCACCAUCGUAUCAGUAACCAAUUCGUGUCGACGAUGGCAGCGACGCCGACAACCCUAAGUCGCGUUUUCCAGAUACCACCAGAGUUGACCGAACACACUCUCACCCUUUGCCACCCUCGCGAUGUUGAGUCGUUCUCGCAGACCUGCCAGAAAGCCCGCCGCCUGGUUUAUGGGAGCCCAGAUCAAUAUCUUUGGCGCCAAUUAUUCCUUCUGUUCCCCUUCGAUGAUCCUCGGCUGAUCUCAUCCCCAUUUCAGGAAGACAGUCAAUUCAACUGGAGGAAGGAGCUACAUCGGCGAAUGGAGGCGCAACUAAUCGCCUGUCGCACAAGUUCAACCCUUGAAGACCUCUUGAAGGCCAUCGAAACCUUUGUUUCUGUGGUGCAAAGCGCAGCCCCCGUUACAUGGGGACAUGAACGCGUUCCAUCCCCCAAUUUAUUGUGGGUUGUUGAAGUGUUGCAAUCCACAAAUAUGCUUCGCUAUUUGCCAUUACUCUUCUCAGAAGAGGGUAACCAAUCGUUGGCUCGCUUGCGAGCAUACCUCGCACUGACAUUGGACGAGUACGAUGACGACGACGUCGAAGGGAAGGAAAGGUUGAAAUCAAUACGGACGAAGAGUCGCUGUCAGGUUUAUGACCUACGGAAUUACCAUCAAGACAACGACUGGGGCCCAUUCAACAUCAUAGUAGGAGAAGUGGAUUGGACUCACAUAGAAUCGAUUAUCAACGUUGUAUCUAUGAACCUUUCUGACCGUCUAAAUGAUUGGCCGGACACAAGGCCGCGUUAUGGGCUCGAAGCUACUCGAGCAUAUUCAGCACCUGGCACCACAUCACUAGCAACAGGUGAUUGGGCUGGUAUUGAAGGUCACUGGAGGAGAUAUGUCUGUUUCAUGGAUUAUCGAGAUUUGUUUGCAUUCAAUUAUGGCAACAGAGGCCACGGACAACGAGAUGGCACCUAUUUUGACACUCCACAUUUUGAAGAGGCUAUGCGCCUUGUUGAGCUCAAGCUGACGCUCAUAGACGCUCAGACAAUACCUGAAGUCUACACACUCGACCGCUUCCCUGAUUCCCCGUAUACGCACUACCCCACCCUGUAUUUCACUGGAUCAUCUUGGGGGAUAAAGGGUAAUGAGGCGACUGUCGUUGGCUCUGUAACCAUGUCGGAAGGCGGCGUAGUACGAUGGCGAUUUGCAUCUAUUGCCAAUUCGCGUAUUCAAUGGAGCUCCGAAGGGGUGCAAAUUGGCGGCAUCGCCAGUGCGUUUGGAGUGAUAGGAACAUGGACAGGGGCUCAUCAUGACCAUGGCGAUCCUGUCGGUCCUUUUUGGCUUUACAAAGUAGAGGAUGAUCAUCCCAUUUAUAUGCGAACUCUCGUGAACAAUUGAGUCGAUACUGUAACCACUUCUUGAUUGUGACAUCGAUCACAUAGAUACUAUUUUCUUGCGAUGUUACUUUCGUUAUAUGGGUAAUCGGUCGGACUUUGUACACACCCCCAUUAUCCAAUCACGAUCGCUUACGUCAUCGAUACACGAAACAUUAGCGAACGCUUUUUUCUUCUUCUUUUUCAUACUUAACAACCUUCAGCUAGCUUUGCCCUGGCAAAGUAACUCUUAGCCA